UAAAAAUGGCGGACGUCAACAUUGAUGUCCGUAAAUGAACUGAGGUGCACUUCAGCCAGAUUGUCUGGAGCUGCUUCAGCAUGAAACGACUUCUCAUCAAGCGGUAAUAACGGGAGCAGUUUUUGAGAGGCUCGAAAAAGUUUCAUCAUGAGUAGCCGAAGAAAGAGGGCCCCUCCUGUGAGGGUGGAUGAAGAAGCCAAGAAGAAGUUGAACUGGAACAUGCUGGAGGACCGCAAGAAUGAGGCAGUCCAGGAAGAUGACGAGAUACCGACCUGCUCUAUUCUUUCAGUGGACCCCACUCCUAGUACCGCCCUUCUCUCCACUCCAGAGGGCGCCACAGAGGCUGCCUGCACCCGCUCUGUCCACUUUUCAGAAGAAGUUCCCAGCACAUCAUCUGACAUCACUGCUGCCUCUACCUCCCUGGCACUCACUGUAUUGCCACUUUUAAAGCUCAGCCACAUCUGGAAAGCACUCAUUGGGGAAUUCAGUGUCAGGCCAGCCUGGCUCCCAUCUGACUGUGAUCAGAGAGCUUUCACGUUUCACAGGAUGGGUGAGCAGCUCUGCCUAAUUUACAGCAGCUGUGAUGAGAGCUCAGGAAUGCAGUGGAGGCCUGAUGAGGACACUUGUACAGCAGAAUGCAGCCUCCGCAGGAUCCCGCUGGAGGACCUCGACUGGCUGCAGAAGAGGAGGGUGGUGCAGCUCUGUCACCAGACAACAGAUGACUCAGUUAUGGUGGGGAUUUACUUGCUGGAAACUGGGCUCAGGAAGCUGGAGUUCCUCAGUGAAGGAAAUGCUCGGCUGAAGAAAGCAAACCAACUGAUGCAGAAGUUAAUGGAGUAUUUCUACGAUUUCAUUAUCCCUGAAGUCGUUGAGAAUGAGGAGGAAGAAUGUGAUACUGACCUGGAGAGGCAAAAUGUUGAGGAGCUCUACGAUUAUGUCAGGCAUCUGCACCAGGAAGAAAGCCAGAAGGUGACCUAUGAUGUCCAGCAUAAGGCUCUUAUUCCUGUACUCAGGCCCUACCAGAGCCAGGCAGUCAACUGGAUGCUGAGGAGAGAGAAGUACAGGAGCACCUCAAGUAAAGAACAAUCUUUGCAUUUCCUCUGGCGGGACUUGAUCACAUUGUGUGGCAAGAAGUUGUUUUAUAACCCUUUCACUGGCUGCUUAAUUCGAGAAUUUCCACUGGCUGGCAUUGAGUGGCCUGGUGGGAUCCUGGCUGAUGAGAUGGGGCUUGGAAAGACGGUGGAGGUUUUGGCUCUAAUCUUGUUUCAUACCCGGCAGGACCUCGAACAGGAGGUCCUCACACUCCCUGUGGGAAAAUCUGUGAAUUACUUUGUUCCUGCUCCUCCACUAGAAAGAAAGAAAGUUAUCAGCUGCAAGUCUGAAGCUCAGCCUAAAAUGAAAAUAUCCUACCCAACUGUGCGUGUCAUGCUGCUCACUGCAAUAAAGGAGAUGAGAUCUGGCAAGGGAGCCUCAGUCAAUGCUGUCUUCACCUAUAUACGAGCCACCUAUGGCUAUGACCUCCUCAAGAACCGCAACCACAUCAGGAAGACACUGACAAAGCUCAUAGAUGAAGGCAUGGUUGACCGGGUCAAAGGUCGUGGCUUGGCGGGGUCGUUCAAGCUGGGAAAGAACUACAAAGAAACAAAGAAAACAUUUGCGGGAUCAGCAAAGUCUAAUUCCAAAAACACAGAGAGCACACCCAGGAAAAUGUUUCAGAGACGAGCAAAAGAAAAGGCAGAAGCAGCUCUACAAAACUCUUUCUCAGAAGAUCAGAGAGAUCUGAGCACCCCUACAUCUGACUGUCUCAUCUCAGAGGAAGCAGAAACAAAGAACGAGUGGGAUGAAAAUCUGAAUGAGAAAGCAGAUCAGUCAGAUGACAUGCUGGAUUCUUCCACAGCACCGUUACAGGUGUCUCAGGAUAAAAGUGCCUCAGAUACACGGGACAUGUGCAGAAUAGAUGAUCUCCCUGAAGAAAUAGGAGAAGCUUCACGGCUUGAUGACAAGGAGAUGGAAACCCCCACAAGAGUGUCUGUUGUCCCAUUUAACACCCCUGACUACAGAUUUGAGUGCAUAUGUGGUGAGCUGGGCAUCAUUGACUACAAGGCCCGCGUGCAGUGUUUGAACUGUCAGCUGUGGCAGCACGCGGACUGUGUGAACUAUAAAGAGGAGAGCCUCGAAACUACACCUUUCUACUGCCCUCACUGCCUGGUAGCCAUGAAACCGGUGUCCACAGGAGCCACCCUCAUCAUUUCCCCAAGCUCCAUCUGUCACCAGUGGGUCGAGGAGAUCAACAAGCAUAUCAGGUCCUCCUCCUUACAAGUGCUGGUUUAUCAGGGUGUGAAGAAACAUGGAUUCAUUCAGCCUCACAUGCUUGCCGAGCAGGAUGUGGUCAUUACCACCUACGAUGUGCUGCGCUCUGAGCUCAACUAUGUUGACAUUCCCCACAGUAACAGCAAAGACGGGCGCCGCUUCCGCAAUCAGAAGCGCUACAUGGCCAUACCCAGCCCUUUGGUAGCUGUGGAGUGGUGGCGAAUCUGUCUGGAUGAGGCUCAGAUGGUUGAAUGUCCCACUGCAAAGGCUGCAGAAAUGGCUCUGCGUCUUGCAUCUGUUAAUCGGUGGUGUGUUAGUGGCACUCCAGUUCAGAGAGGCUUAGAAGAUCUGUAUGGCCUUGUGCUUUUCCUGGGAGUUGACCCAUACUGGGUGAAACACUGGUGGGACCAACUGCUUUAUCGUCCCUACCGACGUGGAAAUACAGAACCUCUGUACAAUGUAAUCGCUCAGAUAUUAUGGCGAUCGGCUAAAAAAGACGUCAUUGAUCAGAUUCAGAUUCCCCCUCAGACAGAGGAGGUGCACUGGUUGCACUUCUCGCCCGUUGAGGGUCACUUCUACCAUCGUCAGCACGAGGUCUGCUCCCAAGACGCUUUGGUCAAUCUCAGGAAGAUCUCCGACUGGAGUCUGAAACUUGGCAGCCUCGACCGCCGUACCGUAAAUACCAUCUUGUGCCCUCUGCUCAGACUGCGCCAGGCCUGCUGCCAUCCACAGGCUGUCAGGGGGGAGUUCCUGCCUCUGCAGAAAAGCACCAUGACAAUGGAGGAGCUCCUGAAGUCCCUGCAGAAGAAAUGUCGAGUAGAGUGUGAAGAAGCUCACAGACAAUUGGUGUGUGCACUCAAUGGUUUGGCUGGAAUCCACAUAAUCAGAGGUGAUUUUGUAGAGGCAGCAGAGAUGUAUAGAGAAGUGCUCCGUUCGUCAGAGGAGCACAAAGACAGACUGAAAACUGAUUCAUUACAGAGGCUUCAUGCUACCCACAACUUGAUGGAGCUGCUGAGCGCAAAGCACCCUGGGAUUCCUCCUACUCUUAGAGAUGACAGACUAGGUGAAGAGGCUGAGCAGCUGAGACAGCACUACAUGACCAAAUAUGACUCUGAGGUUGCCGACGCCCGUCAGGCCCUGCAGCCGGUGCUGCAAAACAUAAAAGAGCUGAAGCGAAAGGUCAAGCUGAAUUCUCCCUGGUGGCUGGAUGUUAUUCAGAGAGCAGUCCGUUGCUCCACUGAUGACGAUCUGGUGUCCCGUGUCAAGAAUGAACUGACAUCCAGUUAUAAACAACAAGCCCACAAGCUCUCUAUGGCAGACAAGUUCCGUGAUUCCUAUGGUCUGCAGUUUCUGCUCACCACGCAAAUGCAAGAUCUGGUGAAAUCUCAAAAGACUGUGCAAGAUGCAGUGAAAAGUCUUGAAGGUCCAGCUUCGAAAGAAGUUAUUGAGGAGGCCACAAUUUGCCAUCUCAGGCCUAUGCGACUACCACUCAACAACUGUGUUUUUUGCAAAGCAGAUGAACUUUUCAUAGAUUAUGAGUCCAAGCUGUUUUCUCACACUGUUAAGUGUCAGACGGCCAUCUUUGAAGAAAUGAUCGAGGAUGAAGAGGGGCUGGUCGAUGACCGUCUCCCCACCACCAGCCGAGGUCUGUGGGCAGCCAGUGAGACAGAACGCACUCUGAAGGCCAUCUUGUCUUUUGCCAAACUCAAACGCAUGGACCCAGACCUGGUGGAGGAGGGAAACACUUUUAUGGAACUGUUUGAGAACUGGAAGAAGGAGUACAAGGUGCUGCACGAGUACUGGAUGGUGCUGCGCAAUCACGUGUCAGCCAUUGAUGAGCUGGGUAUGGCCACGGAGAGGCUACGCGUGCGUCUGCCUGAUGAGCCGAAGCCCAAAUUGCCGCACAUCAUAGAACCCCAUGAGGUGGAGCAGAACAGAGUCAAACUUCUGAACGACCAAGCUGUGGCCAAGUCUCAGCUUCAAAAGAAGCUUGGCCAGUUUCUGUAUCUCACAAAUCUGGAGAAGUCCCAGGACAAGUCUACUGGAGGUCUAAACCCAGAGCCGUGUCCCAUUUGUGCCCGGCCCCUGGGACAGGAGUGGGCUGUGCUGACAUGCGGCCACUGCUUCUGUAAUGAGUGCAUCGCUAUCAUCGUGGAGCAGUACAGCGUGGGAUCAAGGCGGCGAGCCAUCAAGUGUGCCAUUUGUAGGCAGACUACAUCCCACACAGAAAUCUCCUAUGUUUUCACCACCCAGUCAUCCAGCCAGGACCAAGACAUACCGGUCAAGGGAAGCCACUCUACCAAAGUGGAGGCAGUUGUGAGAACUCUGAAGAAGAUUCAAGUCAACGACCCCGGGGCCAAGUGUCUUGUCUUCUCCACGUGGCAGAGUGUUCUGGACAUCAUCGCCAAGGCCUUGUUUGAUAAUAACAUGGAGUUCUCUCAAAUCAACGGAAUUCACAAAUUUCAGGAGAAUCUAAGUUCCUUCAAAUAUGAAGAGAAGAUCAACAUUCUUCUUCUGCCGCUCCACACGGGCUCCAAUGGACUGAAUAUCAUUGAAGCAACGCACGUGUUGCUGGUUGAACCAAUCCUCAACCCUGCUCAUGAGCUCCAGGCAAUAGGCAGAGUGCACCGGAUUGGCCAAACCAAGCCAACAUUUGUUCACAGAUUCCUCAUCAAAUCUACCAUUGAAGAGAGAAUGCAAGCAAUGCUGAAGACAGCAGAAAAAAGUCACACCAGCACUGCCAUGAAGCACUCAGAGGCUGCAGUACUGACAGUCGCUGACUUAGCUGAUCUGUUUACUGAAGACACUGAACCUCUGGAGUGAAUCUCAGCACUGGCCUACUCAUAGAGGGAUACCAACUACAGAAACUACUUGUUUGUUGAUUUUAUAUAUAUUCUUUUCUUAAUAGUGUGAAUUAUAUAUCUUUAUUUAUAUUUAUAAUAACUGCGGCUGCUGUUACACCCAAAUUUCCCCUCUGUGGGACAAUAAAGGCUGUUUCUUCUUCUUCUUCUUCUAAAGCAGGCAAAGGGAGCGCACUAUUUACCCAGUGGUGAAAAAUUUUGCACAUUCCACUUUUUUUAUACAAGCAUCCUGAGGUUAUGAGAUGUAUUUCCAAAAAAAAAAAAAAAAAAUAUUUUAAGUAAUCGUUGACAAAUUGCUUCAAAUUUCUACUUGUUGAAUUUUAACUCAGUUUGGAGCAGUUGUAUUUGCAUCACUUGUCAUAGUUGUAUCUUACUGGUCCAGUAAGCUGUGUUUGUUUAUCACAUUUAGACUGUUUGUGUAAUCAGACGUCUACAUUCAUGUACAACUUCAUUAUCUCCAGAUGGAUGGAACCACUUUGAGGUAUUCUCACAACAUUCAGGAAAUAAAAGUCUGUGAGCGGCAGGUUGUCCGCCUGUUACGCCUAGCUCUUUUUGUCCAGUGCUUUUACUGUGGUUUAUUACUAUGUAGUAAAAACUUGAAGCAGGAAGGAUGCCACUGAUUUGUGCUCACCUCUGACCUAAACUCACUUUUACUUAUUUACAACUGAAAUGAAAUGGUGUUGCAGGAUUUCUUCAACCAGACCAUCCCUCUUUAACCUAGUUCGCUGUUGAAACAAAACCACACAGUUUGGUCUAGCAAUGCCUGUCUUAUUUCCAAGACAAAAAAAAAGCACAAGAUGCAAUGUGUGGGAAACUAAUGUUGGAAAUCCAAAUUGUAAAAACUGUGUGAAGAUAUUCUGUUUUGCAGCAGGUGUCUCAUCCUUUUCUAUUUAUUAUUACUCCUACAAAUUGUCUGGUCAAGCUUAAGAAUCAUGUAGCUUAAUUAAAUGUUGCUUGUCUCAAACUGAUUAAAAUCGUCAUUCCGUUCUUGUAUUUCAUGGUCUGUUCUACCACACACAUACACUCAAUGGUACUUGGCAUAGUUACUG